AUGGCGAUCGUGCUCUCCAAAUCUGCCGUCAAAUCCCACCCUAGGUCGCCCACCACAGCGCAGCCGCCACCGCUGCUGAACCCUGGCUCCAGCGCCACGUCGGCUGGCGGUGGGGCGGCACCUCAGCCGCCGUUGUCAGUCACCACCGGCGCGGUGCCAUCGAAGAAUGCGGCGAUGGUGGAGCUCAGGUCGCGCGUGCUCACUGCGCUCGCCAAGCUCUCGGACCGCGACACGCACCACAUCGCCGUCGAGGAGCUGGACCGCAUCAUCCGAGCACCGCCGUCGACCGACGCCGUGCCCAUGCUGCUCAACGCACUAGCAUCCAACUCCCCGAGGCUCGCCUCCCCAGCCAGGCGCGAGUCAUUGCGCCUCCUCGCCACGAUCUGCGCGUCGCAUCCGGACGCGGCCGCGCCGCACCUCCACAAGGUGCUCGCCGACCUUGCGCGGCGGCUCAAGGACCCGGUGUCCGACACCUCCGUGCGCGACGCAUGCCGAGACGUCGUGGGCCAGCUCGCGGUAGUGUACCUCCGCCCUCUAUCGGCUUCCGGCAUUGCCGAGGUGGGCAAUUGCAACUGUGACACUGUUCGUGAAGCCACUGUUCGAGAUGAUGGGGGAGCAGAGCAAGGCAGUGCAGGGUGGGGUGGCUGCAUGCUUGGCCAAAGCGGUGGAGGGGGUGGGACCUAG